AUGUCAUCUCUUGCAGCUGCUCAUGCUACCAACGCUGUGAACGCAUUGUUGCAAAGCGUACUGCCGGGUUCUGCGUCGGUUAAUGCAGAAAGAAAGAAAACAAGCCGAGACAAAGGCUCGAAAGCACAACUAAUAGAUAGGAACUUGAAGAAAAGAGUAGAGGUACAAGAAAAGGAUGUAUACCGGAUCAAAAAGAGGGAGAAGAAAAUGUUGAGAAAGAAGAUAUCUGGAAGAAAAGAAGUCCAAGAGGAUAUAGAACAGAAGGCUAAGCUACAAGUACUAAGAAAGCAUCAAGUAGAUAAUUCUCUUACGGAUCAUGAGAAAUCCUAUUUGGAUAAAGUGGUGAAGAAAAAUGUUCGCAACCUGAAAAGUUGGGAUUAUGACGAUAAGGAAGAACUGUUAGAUUUACAGAAACAAAUACUUGCCAACUCAGAAGAUUCAAAGAAGGUAAGGAAGGUAAAAUCUAGGAGACAAAAGAAGAAACAGUUCAAGGAGAAGCUACCACAAUCGAUACAAGACCACAGAUAUAAAGCUCUCACACCUGGAUUGGCUCCAGUUGGUGCGAGCGAUGAGGAGGAAUCAGAAGACGAAGAUGAAGAUUAUUGA